CACAGGUUGGAUACCACCGGCAACGAUUUCAUGAGGUCAAGUCUGGACCUGGACUCAACUCUACGGUAGGACGAUGGCGAGAAAGGCUGCGCAGUUCCCUCCACUCCUUUUCCCGAAUGACUUGAUGGGACUGGAGUUAAUUGAAUCAUUUAGUUGAUUAUUCGGGUAUAAAUGGGAGGAGCUAAGGCGGAGACGAUCUUGGACACCUAACGAUGGGCAGCAUUAGCACUCUCAACACGGUUAUACUUCUCGUCUUCCUCUAUGUGACAGCCAGGAGUUUGGGUAGAAAAAGUCUGGAUCGAUUUCCUGGGCCGUUUCUUGCCAGGUGGACGACACUCUAUAGAAUGUAUUACGACCUGGUAAAGAGAGGAGAAUGGGUGGAGCACAUUCGAAAACUUCAUAUCAUCUAUGGUCCUAUAGUCCGUGUCGGACCCAACGAGCUUCACUUUAGCAACCCAGAAGCAUAUAAUGAAAUUUACGCCGUCGGGUCUAAGUUUUCAAAGGACGAGGCCACCUACAAACCAAUUCUAGGGCGUGGCCAUGUUUUCGCCAUAAUCGAUCCUCACGAAGCUAUGACAAGGAGAGCUAUGGUGUUGCCGUACUUUUCACGUCGUUCAACGCUGGACCGGGAACGUGUGCUUAAACAGAAGGUCGAUGAAUUUGUCGAUAUGCUAGUCAACAACCACGGCGGAGGCCAGUCACCCCUAAACUUGCAAGAAACAUUACGCUCAUUUGUAGGUGGACUCGUCCCAUCUUUCUGUUUUCCCGAUGUGGACCAAUAUGCGGAGUUGGCUUCGUCUGGGCUGGUUUCGAAAGUAACAGAAGUCCCGUCCGGAAUGUUCCCUUGGAUGUUCGUGAAGAAUUUGCCUGUCGCAGUGAACCAGGUGCUGCAGCACUUGGCCGACACUAGCAAGGUGCUGGUAGCAUCAGGUGAAUACUCACGGGUCAAGGAGCUGCAGGCGUACGGGAUCUUGAUCGACGAUGCUCUGGACUCCCCACUUUCCGACGUUGAUGAAGGAAACGAAAACCUUUGCCACCCGUUAUUGAAACGAUCUAUCAAUAAUCGUCCCGAACCCGCUCGGAAUUGGCUACUUUCCGAAUCUCUCAACGUCAAAUACGCUGGAAUUGACACAACACCAAACGCUGCCUUUGUAACAAUACGCGGUGCUUUAGCGGACGAAUCUAUUCGCAAGCAACUCAUUCAGGAGUUGACUGAUGUAUGGCCUGACUUGGGUGGUAUGGCACCCGGUGUAUUAGUAUUGGAGAAACUUCCCUACCUUACAGCUGUAAUCAAAGAGGGUAUAAGGCUUUCCAUUGGAAUAGUUUCACCCAUGAACAGAAUCGUUGGACCUGAAGAUACUAUGAUUUCUGGUGUGUCCAUACCCGCUGGGACGACCGUAGGGAUGGCCCACUCUAUCCUGCAUUUGAAUCCAGAUAUAUUCCCGAAUCCGCACAUCUUCAAGCCUGAGAGAUGGCUGCAAGCAGACAGCCAGAGGAUCGAUAAGUACUUCGUCGCUUUCGGUAGAGGACCACGAAGUUGCAUUGGAAUACACCUUGCCUGGUCUAUUUUGUACCUUUCUGUUGCAAACAUUUUCCGACGAUUAGAUCUGUUCCCUACCUCCAUGGAUGACUUGCACUCUUCAUUCCGGAUCAAAGACGAAUUUGUCUCAGUCUAUGAGGGGAAACCUAUUCAUAUACAUGCUGAAGCCAAGAAAAACUGA